CACGAAGAAGAAGUUCGCACCAGUUUUGCCUCCAAUCCAGAGGAGGUUUCAUGAGCAGCGGCGCGGCAGGGGAGGGACGCACUGCCAGCACUCGGGAUACCCGCUCACUCACUCACUCACACACACUCACACACACUCCCUCUCACACACACGCUCCUGCCCACCAGAGACCAGUUAAAGCCGCAAGAAAACUGCAAACACGCAUCAGAGCAGUCGCCUAAUCCGAUUGAUCUGCAGCAACAAACACGCGUGAAAAACUAGGGGGAACUACUGGACACCGGAGAGGACGAGCGGGUGUUUUGAUUUCCUUUUUUCCACCCUUCCUCUCUGAAAUCACUUGAGUUUUACUCUUUCUUUUAUUUUUAUUUCAUUUUAUUUUAGAGGAGUUUUAGGGACAAAGGACCCCAUCCUUGACAGAAGUUGCAUAUACUCCUGGAGAAUGAGGCAGUGUAAACGUUGGAGCUCGGUGCUACUGCUGCUGUUGGGGCUGGGAUCUCUGGCCCAGAAACUGCCCACGAGAGAUGAGGGCCUCUUCCAGAUGCAGAUCAGAGACAAGUCGCUCUUCCUCGACUCCUCCGUCAUACCAGACGGAGCUGAGAUCAGCGGCUACCUGUUCAGGGACACGCCUAAAAGGUACUAUUUUGUGGUGGAAGAAGACAACACCCCCCUGUCUGUGACAGUGACACCUUGUGAUGCUCCUCUGGAGUGGAAACUCACCCUGCAGGAGCUGCCAGAAGAGUCCAGUGGAGAGGGAUCAGGAGAGCCUGAACCUUUGGACCAGCAGAAACAGCAGGUGACCGUGGAUGAGGGCACGGAGCUCUUCACCUACAAGGGGAACGAUGUGGAGUCCUACGUGUCGACCAGCACGCCCUCCGGCCUCUACCAGCUGGAGCUGCUCUCCACUGAGAAAGACAGCAAUUUCAAGGUGUACGCCACCACAACUCCAGAGUCCGACCAGCCCUACCCCGAGCUGCCCUACGACCCCCGCGUGGAUGUGACUGCGCUGGGCCGCACUACGGUCACCCUGGCGUGGAAGCCGACGCCCACGGGCUCUCUGAUGGGCCAGCCUGUCCAGUACUGCGUCGUGAUUAACAAGGAGCACAAUUUCAAGAGCAUGUGUGCUGCUGAGGCUAAAAUCAGCACUGACGAUGCCUUCAUGUUGGCCCCAAAGCCUGGCAGGGACUUUAGUCCGUUUGACUUUGUACACUUUGGCUUUGUUCCCUCUGACAAUGGUUUUGGCAAGGAGAGAGGCCUGACGAGCAACAAGAUCUCACGGGCGUAUGCAACCAAACCCAAAGUAUCAGACAUUCAGAAGGUGUGCAUUGGUAACAAAAACAUUUUCACUGUGUCAGACCUCAAACCAGACACACAGUACUACUUUGAUGUGUUUGCAGUGAAUUCUGCCACGAACACCAGCACUGCGUACGUCGGGACCUUUGCCCGCACUAAAGAGGAAGCUCGCCAGAAGACGUUUGAGCUGAAGGACGGCAAAGUAUCAGACGUUUUCAUCAAGCGAAAGGGCAGCAAGUUCCUGCGCUUUGCCCCCGUGUCCUCCCACCAAAGGUUCACGCUGUUCGUCCACUCGUGUCUGGAUGCGGUGCAGGUGCAGGUGAGGCGGGACGGCAAGCUGCUGCUCUCGCAGAACGUGGAGGGGGUGCGGCAGUUCCAGCUGCGCGGGAAGCCCAAAGCCAAGUACCUGAUCCGCUUGCGAGGAAGCCGGAAAGGAGCCUCCACCCUGAAGGUGCUCGCCACCACAAGACCCAGCAGCAAGCAGCCUUUCCCUUCUCUUCCCGAGGACACCCGCAUCAAGGCCUUCGACAAGCUGCGCACCUGCACCUCCUCCACGGUGGCCUGGCUGGGCACACAGGACCGCAACAAAUACUGCAUAUACCGCAAGGAGGUGGCUGAGAAUUAUGGCGAAGAGCAGCGACGCCGGGAACAGAAUCAGUGUGCCGGGCCAGAGACCCGCAGGAAGUCAGAAAAAGUCCUGUGCAAGUACUUCCACAGCCCGAAUCUGCAGAAGGCUGUGACUACAGAGACCAUCACGGGUCUGGAGCCGGGCAAGACCUACCUGCUGGACGUUUACGUGGUGGGACAUAGUGGCCACUCGGUGAAAUACCAGAGCAAACUGGUGAAAACAAGGAAAUACUGCUAAAUGACUCUGCAAAGAAGAAAUCUAUUAUAUAUAUUAUAAAUAUAUAAAAUAAGUUUAUUUAACACUAAGUGAUAUUCUACUAAGGAGUGUAUGCAGACUGACUACUCACGCACCUGAUGGGCCUGUGGCAGUGACUGAACUGUUUGUAGAGAGAGAGAUAUCAACCUGUAUAUUUUUGUUUACAUUUCGUUGUGGCAUGUCUGAGUGGCCCGGAGCGCGAGCUUCUCUGUUACCAGGCCCGUCGUCUCGACAUCACGCUGCCACCGGGGAGGCACAACUUCAAAGAAGGUCCUAUUUCAUCUUGUGUGCUUCUUUGUUGCUGCAUGACAUUUGCUUUUGUCUGUCAUGUUUGUCAGGUCCUUCAGUUACAAAUCACGCUGACUGGAGGAGAUCCAGAGGCCUCCCACUUUAUAUAGAUCUCUCACUGCAUAUUCACUACAAGUUGUAGGAGGAAUUUAAAUUAUUUUGUACUUCUUGUCUAUCUUUUUGAUUGUCUUUUUAUUGAUGACAAUAAUAACUGUACCAAGUAAAGUCGCAGUUUUAUGAGGAGGUUGUCGUAGUUCAGACAUUCCCUGAUGUAUCUCAGCCAGUGUUUGCUUUAGAGCCCAUCUUGUAAAUGUGUUCUGUGCUAGAAAUCUGUAUUAUCACUGUGUGUGUGUCACAUGUACAGAGCUGUCCUGCCAAUAUUCAUGUACAUAAAGACUAAAUAUAGAACAAGUAA